AUGUCGUGCUACCUACAUCAGUGCCUUCCUCUGGUCUACCAGGAACCCAUCCCCAUCAAGUGCCCGCCGAUGUAUGCUGCCAGAUGCCGGCCAGUGCCUACCUGGCACUCGACACUGUGUACCCCACAGUAUGUAGCCCCCUGUGUCCCCCAGCAGCGGAUCAUGUCCUCCAGGUUCUCCCAACAGCAGUGUGUGACCCAGUGUGUACCAUGGCAGCAGUAUGCAACCAAGUGUGUGCCGCAGCAGCAGUGUGUGACCCAGUGCAUCCUAAAGCAGCCAUGUGAAACUCGAUGCGUGACAACAUGCGUGCCACAGCAACAGUGUGCGACCAAGGGUGCGUCGCAGCAGCCUUGUGUGAUGAAGCAUGUGCUGCAGCAGCAGUGUGCAACCAAAGGUGUGCCCCAACAGUGUGCGACCAAGUGCAUGACCGCCUAUGCCCCCCAGCAGCAGAGCGCGACCAAGUGCAUCCCGCAGCAGCAGUGUGCGACCAGGUGCGUGACCACGUGUGUGCCACAGCAGCCGUACCUGGCCAAGGGCAUCCCACAGCAGCAGUGUGCGACCAAGUGCAUCCCGCAGCAGUGUGUGACCACGUACACCCCGCAGCAGCAGUGUGUGACCAGGUGUGUCACCACGUGUGUCCCACAGCAGUGUGCAACCAAGCGUGUCUCGCACCAGUUUGUGACCUCUUGUGCCCCGCAGCAGAGUGCCACCAUGUACGUCCCACAGCAGUGUGCAACCAGGUGUGUGACCAAGUGUGUCCCGCAGCAGUGUGACACCAAGGGUGCUACCAUUUGUGUCCCACAGCAGUGUGAGACAACUUGUGUCCCACAGCAGCAGUGUGCAACCAAGGGUGUCCCACAGCAGUGUGUGACCAAGUGUGUCCCACAGCAGCAGUGUGUGACCAAAUGUGUCCCGCAGCAGCAGUGUGCGACCAAGGGUGUCCCACAGCAGCAGUGUGCGACCAAGGGUGUCCCGCAGCAGCAUUGUGCGACCAAAUGUGUCCCGCAGCAGCAGUGUGUGACCAAAUGUGUCCCACAGCAGCAGUGUGUGACCAAAUGUGUCCCACAGCAGCAGUGUGCCACCAAGUGUGUCCCGCAGCAGCAUUGUGCGACCAAGUGUGUCCCACAGCAGCAGUGUGCCACCAAGUGUGUCCCACAGCAGCCACAUGCAGCUAAAUGUGUCCUGCAGCAAUGUCAGUCAGGUGGAGUAAAAAUUUCAAGUCACUCUAAAAAGUACUGUUCUGUGUCCAAAUGGCCCUGGUAA